CUAAAGACAAGCCAGAGACGGAAGGAAACAGGCUCGGAAUGGCGGAGACUAAAGGGUUUUUUGCAGCAAAAAGCCGGAGGAAAUCACAGUAAUAAACUGCGGUUUAAUCGCGUUAUCGCUUGAACGGCGGUGCUUUGUCUAAAUUGAACAGGAUACCCAUAUGUUACGAGGUACUGGUGCGGCGGGAAGGACAGUCCAUGCUAGUUUUGUCUAAAUUGGAGCAAAGCUGUAGAGCAUAGCUACCGUUAGUUAGCCGUGCUGUGUUGUUCCGUUUAAAGACAGAUGACUUUUGCUAACUCUCAGAGCUGUGUUAGACACGAACCAAACGCCUGGAUGGCUCUCGAUCGCUUUUGUGAGGGUGAAAUGCAGUGAAGCUAUAGCUUGACUGCUUGCUUCCUCUUCACCCAACUUGGUAGCUGGUAGCAACCCAGGCUUACUUAGUGCAAGUUCUUCUUAUUAUAUUAACUCUUUUCGCACGGUCGUUUGUGUUUGAGACUGCUUCAAAAAUGACCGAUUUCCUUGUUCCCAAGCAGAGAAACAAGGUUGACCCAAUGUCAGGCUACAAACACGAGUGUUUGUUGUUAUUAUCAUUGUUUGGUUUCGCUCAAACUCGGGUCGCGUACGACUGUUAUUUACGGUGAUGCUCACACAUAGAGACCGCACUUCCAGCUGUUGUUGUUUUAAAUUAAUAACUUGCGUUAAAGAUGAUAAAAAAUAACUUAUACGCAAACAUGGUAUGCGAUUGUUCGCAUUAAAUAUCUGUGAUUAGACCGUGACACUGUUCAUAUCUGCAAGGUCUUCAUCCUCAUCGCGGUCCCUUUGUCAUUGACGUGAGGACCUUUAACUUUCAACUCGGCUUCUGCUGUAUUUUCACUCCUCGUGUGGACUGUAGGGGGCGGCAAACUCACCACAAACAUUUCCAUGGUAGACUUAAGAAAAGAAUUAUGUUUGACAUUCAUUGUCGUUUUCAUAUGCUGGUUGUUCAUGCCUGUAAACAUCCCCGACUGGAAGCUGUGCUAUACGUAAAACAAGCUUUCAGUUGGAUGUUUGCUGCCAUCGUCCAGUUAUUUCCUCAUAAUAUAAGUGUGUAAUUAAACAGUGCUGCGUCCUAAAUGUUGUGUAACAACUUAAUAACACUGAUGCUUGUUUAUCUAUGAUGUUUUUUUGCUACUAUUCCAGUGUAGUCGUUGUAAACAUCCUACACUCAGCUGUAAUCUGCAAAUGAGGCUGGGGGGAGGGUGUUUGCUGUGACUGACUGGAGCUGCUCUGUCAUUUAGGAAUAUAACGUUACUUGACUUUAACGCGAAUAUAUUUUAAGUCGAAUAUAUUCUCUGUUUUGUGAAUGUGAUUUAUCAAAAUAAACAUUUGAAUUAAAUUAAUGUUUCUUGUUGUUAUUAAUAUUUAUUGAUUUGACUGACGCUCUUGUUGAGGUGUCGAGUUGCUAUACUAAUCCAUAACGGCCCGCGUUGGCCUUUACAUGUUGGCUUUUCUCACUUUGAUAAGGGUUUAAACAUUCUGUUCACUUUAAGAAAAAUGUCUGAAUGUCGUACAGCGAGUUUAACCUCCAAAAUCCAUCUCCAAUGAACUCCAGGCCGCAGGUGGCGCGCAUUUCUACACGGACGCUUUUUUUUCCCUUGAAGACGAAGAUCCAUCCGCCAUAUUUGUUUUCGCAGAUUCGACAGAAACCUCUGCAGAAGUAAUUUAAGUAUAAUGAAUGCGUUUAAAUUGCGCUCUGGCAAUACAAACAACGGUUAAAUCAUUUUCGAGGGCUUUUUACCUAUUGCUGGUUUAAAAAGAAUGGACACCGUGCAAGCAGAUGGUUCAUCAGUCUUCAUGUGCAAAAUAUGCAACUUGUUCUCUCCCAGUAAACCACUGCUGCUGUCUCAUGUUAAUGAGACUCACUCCAAUGAAGGAGGUGAUCCUGACACUUUUAUUAUAGCACUUAAGCCUUUAACAACUCAGGAGCCACAGAGUUCAGAAGUUGUUGUGAAAAGAAAGCGUGGAAGACCAAAAGGCUCUACUAAGAAAGUCCAACCAGAAAAGGUCCAGAAAAAACCCAAUCAGGAGAAAGAGUCCACUGAAAUUCAACCGCUGACAGUAGCUGAAGAGCCAAGUGAGGAUGGCAGUGAUCUGGAGUGCAAGAAAUGCAAUCGUGUGUUUAGCAACAGGCGACAGAUUUCCAAACACAUUUGCUUCGUAGGACUGAAAGAGGCUGCUGAUGAAGAAGAGUAUAAUGGUAAUAAUACUGAUGCAAAUAAAAUCAGUGAUGGAGAGGAGGAGAAAGAGAGGACACCAAAGAAGGCUCGAGCGAUGCGGACAGAUAAGCUGUCCAGUGCUAAGGACCCUGAAUCAGCAAGCGGCAACAAAAACCCUAUUAUUAGUGUGGUCCUUACCAGUCACGAGGCUAUGCCUGGUGCCUCUAAGAUAGUUCCUAUUGAAGCAGCUCCAGCUGAACCAUCCACCCAGACGGUUGCAGAUGCAGGUUCCCAGGAGGCAGCAAUGAAAAGGGGAUACCAGGAAUAUGCCAUUCAGCAAGCUGCUUAUGAAGCGCCCCUCAAAUCAAACAGGUUAGGACAGACGCAGCUUAAAAUCUUCACAUGUGAAUACUGCAAUAAAGUCUUCAAGUUCAAACAUUCACUGCAGGCUCACUUAAGAAUCCACACCAAUGAGAAACCAUUCAAGUGUCCGCAGUGUGACUACGCCAGCGCUAUAAAGGCCAAUCUUAGCGUUCACAUGCGGAAACACACCGGUGAGAAAUUCAGCUGUGAGCUGUGCUCAUUUAAUUGCCUCAGUAAAGGACACCUCAAAGUGCACGUAGAGCGAGUGCACAAGAAGAUCAAGCAGCACUGCCGAUUCUGCAAGAAAAAAUACUCAGACGUGAAGAACCUUCUUAAACACAUCCGUGAGACUCACGACAUGAACGACAAGAAAGUACAGGACUCCUACAAUGAGUACAGCCUCCAGACCAGGGAGGGCAAGAGACAGCUUCUGUACAACUGCCAAAUAUGUGACCGCAAGUUCAAGAACGAGCUCGAGCGCGACCGUCACAUGAUGGUUCACGGCAACAAGAGACCCUUCGGCUGCGAACUAUGUGAUCACGGCUCGACCAAAUACCAAGCCUUGCAAGCCCACAUCCGAAAGCAUCCCUUCAUCUACGUGUGUGCCAUUUGCCAGGAAAAAUUUGUCAGCUCUGUGCGACUGAGGUCGCAUCUCAGAGAGUUUCACCCGGAAUCGGAUGAACCCUCUGCGUUUGCAGACUCCAUCAACUCCAGCUUUUGCUUGCUCAAACCAGGCGAUGACAUUCAGAAGGACAUGUUGAACCAGGAUGAGCUUAAGAUCACAGAAGAGCUUUCGCAGCUUAACGCCCAGGAGCUGUUAACCACAGAAAUUACUUGCAUGGCUCAAGAGGAGCUUCAAACUCAAUGCUCUGAUAAUUUAGUAGUGGAUUCAGACCUUCUCGUACAGAACUCACAGGAUGAAAAUCCUGUUUCAGACACAUCUGCGGUAGCACAAACACAAGAAGAUGUGAUAAAUGCCCAGAGACUUCCAGAUGAUCAAAUUAAAAUAGAGUGCAGUAUGACAGAAGAUCAAAUUCAUGCUCAAGAAACUGCACCUUUGACGUCUGAAAAAGCACAAACGCACUCCGAGCAUCUAGUAUCAAAGGAUACAUUUCCUCAGACUGAGGAAGAGGCGAUUGCUCCACAAACUAUUGCCGAUGAGGACUUACUCAGUUCAGAGGAAGAAGAAAUAUCUGCUUUUAAGCGGAUUGUAGAGCAGAUGCAAAAACGACAGCUUAACAUGGAAGUGUUUGAACGAAUUCGGAAAGUGUACGGAGACCUUGAAUGUGAAUACUGCGGUAAGCUUUUCUGGUAUCAGGUGCACUACAAUACGCAUGUGCGAACGCACACGAAAGAGCACCUCCAUUAUUGUUCUCAGUGCAAUUAUUCCUCCAUCACUAAAAACUGCCUGAAGCGCCACGUCAUCCAGAGACAUUCAGACAUCCUGCUGAAGUGUCCCUCUGAUGGAUGCCAGUACUGUACACCUGACAAAUACAAGCUUCAGGCUCAUCUUAAAACCCAUUCAGACAUAGUCAAAAAAAGUUUUAUAUGCCCAGUUUGUCAAGAGUCUGUUCCUGAAGACAAAGUUAGAGCUCAUAUUAAAAGCAACCAUCCAGAUGUGUCGUUGAACUACAUCUCAGAAACGUUGGGAAUACGUGUACAUGUGAAAGGAGUGAUCGGGAAACGAGCUUCCAAAUGCCCGUACUGUGAUUGCUUCUUCACAAGGAAUGGGGCAGAUCUUCAGCAGCACAUAUGGGCUCAUGAAGGACUGAAACCAUACAAAUGUUCACAAUGUGAUUAUGCCUCAAGGAGUAAAAGCAACCUCAAAGCCCACAUGAAUAGACACAGUACUGAGAAAACACAUCUUUGUGACCUCUGUGGAAAAAAGUUCAAGUCUAAAUGCACUUUGAAAAGUCAUAAGCUCAUGCACACAGCAGAUGGAAAACAAUUCAGAUGUACUGAAUGUGACUUCACUGCUGCACUGAGACCGCAUCUCCUUCGUCACAUGGAGCAACAUGCUUCUUUCAAACCUUUCCGUUGUGCGCAGUGCCACUACUCGUGCAACAUUUCAGGUUCUCUGAAAAGACACUAUAACAAGAAACAUCCCAAUGCUCAGUACAUCAAUGCUGGAACAGGAGCGUCUACUUCCGAAACUGUGACAGAGCAAGGUGGAGUCAAAUGUCCUGUGUGCAAUUACGUUUAUGGCACUAAAUGGGAAAUGAACAGACACCUGAAGAGCAAACAUGGUCUCAAAGUGGUGGAGACUGACAGUCUGGGUCUGAAUCAGUGGGAGGUAGUGGAGUCAGUGGAGGAGCCGGCCAUGCAGUAUCUUCAUAUAGCUGAGACUGAGGAUCCACAAGGAACCGAGACUGCUGUAUCCGCUCUGCAGGACCUGCGCUUCAACACACAAAAUGGUGUGGUGUCUGCGGCAGCGGGAGACAGACUAGACCAGGCGUCUGUCAACAUCCUGCAGCAGAUCAUAGAACUGGGCUCGGAGACUCACGAUGCGACCGUGGCUUCAGUGGUUGCUAUGGCUCCUGGUACAGUUACUGUUGUAGAGCAGGUGGAGGAGGAGGAGCCACAGGCCAAUCAUGCCAUGAUGAUCCAGGAUGCACUGCAGCAGGCCACGGUGGGCCUGGGAGAAGAGCACCAUCUAGUGGUAUCUUCAGAUGACAUGGAGGGCAUCAAAACUGUCACAGUGUAUACGCAAGGAGAAGAUGCAUCCCAGUUCAUAGUCUACGUUCAAGAGGCAGUUCAGGAGGCUGUGCAAACUGAGGAGACCACCACAGUAUAGACAUAGUAAGACAAUACAUAUAGGGGUUUUAAAACUACUAGCUACUACUACUUGUCCUUUGCUAUAGUUAUUCCAGUCUGGUCUUGAACGGACUAUUGCAGCCAUACCUAUAGAUUAUAGGGAACUGUCUUGCACAAUUGUAAAUAAUCUGAAAUAAACAGUAGCAGUGAAGUGUUGUGCUGCAAAAAAUAGAUAUUUGUCCUGACUAGGGGAAUUUGCAGAAGCAAUAGGGUGUGGAGUCUUUGCAAAUAUCUUGAGACAUAAUCACAGUAGAUAAAGCCAGGUGCACAUAAAAUAGAAUCUAUUUUAGAAAUUAGAUUUUUUUAUUAUUUAGAAUUAUUUUUCCUGUGCUAUUAUUACCUGCAAGCGUAAGUAUGUAUGUAACAGAGUUACUGUGUGACUCUAGCCUCCUCCACACUUUUUAUAUAAAACUCCCAUACAGUGUAUGGCUAUCAUAGUAAAUGGAGUUAUUUAAUGGGUGGUGUU